AUGGAGUUUCUGCCUUCCUACCACCACAAGGAUGUUGCCCACCCUGUAUUGAACCAAUGGUCUGGGCCACUGGGAUAUGAGCCACACGCAACAGGCUUUACGCAUGAGCUCAAUCUCGACGAAAUCGAGAUCAUUUACACGGAAUUCCACAGAUUGGUUGAUAAAGUGGUUGCAAAAGCUUUCAUCUGCACAGCCCCUCAGCUCAACCGGAUAAAGGAUCAAAACCACAAGCUCAUUAGCAAGCUCAUGACUCUUGAAUGCGCCAUUACAGGAGACAUGAGUCUCCAUGAUGCUUCCCGUAUUGCAUCUCUGCCAGUGCGGUCGUCGGCUGGUAGCAUGGGUGAAUACACCCCAACAGCUGGAUCGAGCCCGGUAUCACGCAGUGCUACUAUUAAACGACGGCGAAUUUCAAAGAAUAAGACGCAAGACCAAUUAGAGAGCACAGUAGCCCCAGCCAGUAGUUCAACAACAACACAGCGUAACAACAAUAUUAGCCCUGAGUCCGGAUGCAACGUGCAUGACUUUGAGAACCUUGGAGAGAACUCCAAGCUGGCGAAGAAGUUGUUCUAUGUAGUUUCCGAGGAAGCUAGAGCGCAAGUUGCCGAGCUGUCUAAGCAUCUCAGCGCUGCAACAUCCCAUCCAGGGGUAGAGAAACCUCACCAGGCGCACAGGUUUUCAAGCUUAUCACAAAUAACCAGCAUGUCACGCUUCCUCCAAUUGGUUGUUGAUUUAGGCGCAGCAAUUGAAGGCAGCAUAUUCGGAGAGCAAACGAGCAGAACACGGAAAAGAAUUGCCUUGGCUCACUUUUACCGUGCGUAUUCACUGGCCCAAGACAACCCCGGUGUGUUCCUUGCGUGGUAUGACAACCAACAUUUUCAAAAGAGUGGAAUCCUGCCACCCAAAGGGGGGAGCAAAUCCAUCGUGCAGCAUCGCUUUGCAGAUAUGAUAUUCCAUCAUGCCCCACUACGGGAUGCAAACACUGUCUUGGCCUAUACUCCCGGCCAGAACGACGACAUCAAGAGGAGAAUUGCCAAGAUACAGAUGUGGAGGAAGAGCGGGAGAAAAUGGGCUUAUAUCAUUCAAAGAUUUGGCUACGGAAUCCUGCUCCUUCUCCCUCCUAGCCUUUCGGAUGAAGAGUAA